AUGUCUUCUGCCCUUUCGUUCGUCUCUCCCGCAAGGGGUUCGAGAGCCUUUCUUUCCUCUCUUCUGCCGCUCUCUGAAUCUUUUUCAGCGCCGCCGGCGCAAGCCUCGUCCUCCAUUCUCCUGUCUGGGCCCGCGCAGCCUCGAAACUCGCCUCUUUUAUCGUCUGGAUCGUCUUCCGCCUUUCCUCGCUCAGCUUCACACUCCCUCGGUUCAGCGCUUGCGCUUCCUUCGGCAGCAGAGUUUUCAUGUCUGGAUGUCCCGUCUGCUUCCCCCUCGUCUUUCUCUUCUUCUGUGAGCAGACUCGGGGCUGUCGCUGCUUGUCUUCACAAGUCUCGCCUCUCGGCGAAAAGAGAGACAGCUCUGUCGUCAUCUCUGCGAACUGGAGGCCUCGACAGAGGUGCUGAGUCUUCGUUUCCCGCGUCGAGCUGUCAUCUGUCUUCUCCGUCUCCCUCUCCCUCGCCUUCAUCUGCUGCCGCAACUCGCUCUUUUGUGCCUGAACGCCUCGCAUGCGCGGCGUCUUCGCUCUCUUUCUCCUCUUGCUCGCCUUUUGCGCGCCCGUCUUCUCUUUCGAGCCUCGUCUCCCGCCGCGGCUUCGCCGGGCUCACACGGGAUUCAGUCGAUAUCCAGCCGGCGUUUGCCCGUCUGGAGGGUUUUCUCCUCUCGAAUCUGCCGGCGGAGCUGGCGGGCAGCCCUCGUCUUGUGGAGAGUCUCCUCGCGCGAGCGGGUCUUCCUCAGGCCGUGACUUCGGCGGAGACUUCGGUCUCUUCGGGGGCGCUGUCGCCAGAGUCUUCGGUGCUGAUUCAGCGCUCGCGCCUCGGCCGCGCGGUGGGGAGGUGCCUCGUUCUGCUGCCUUUCCCCGAUGCCGCAUUCCUCACGAGUGAGGAUCGAAAGGCGCUGCAGACGCAGCUAACGACCGCUCUUCCGAACGGCGCAGAAGUCGCGGCGUGCGACCGCAACGACGUGGAAAACUACAUCGAGGAGUUUGAGCGUUACUUCCACUUGACCGAAGACCUGCAGAGGCUUGCCUCGCCGGCGAACCUCCGCCGCCUCGUGACGCUCUCGCCGGUGCCCGCGACUUACGGGCGCAGAGAAGUUCGCGAUUUGCUUCGCGAGCACGCAAACGUGGAUGUGGAUCUGCGAGACAUUGUCUUUCGAUUCAGGAAGGACGGCGUCCAGGGCGACGCGUGCUACGUCCUCUGCCGAAACGAGAGGGACGCCGGCGUCAUUCUUGCGACGAUUCAAGAGACGGCAGUCCCCAAUCGGGUUCACUACGGAGAGCUCUUCGGAUGCUCCUUCCUCUGGGCGAGCCGGUCGGUGCUGCUGCUCUCCGACCCGCAACUGGACUACCUCCCUGCCCGAGGCCCCUUCCAGGUCUUCACGACCGGUUGGGAGGGCGACGUGAGUGAAGAGGAGUUUGCGAAUCUCGCCUACCAGCUGCGGCUCUUUCCUAAGGCCGUCCGCAAGUUCGCGCACCCUGGGGGGGAGGACGUGAGCUCCUUCUUCCUAGAGUUCCAUCGCAUGCGCGACGCCAAACUGACCAUGAGUCGCCUUCAGUUGCUGCGGCGCCGCUGGCGCAUUGGUGCCAACACGCCCUUCUUCGGCUUCGUCCGCAUGGCCGACUUGCGGUUCGAGGACGACACCAAAUUCGCUGACGAGGACUCCGCCGCAGACUCAGAUCUCGAUGAGCCGAUCGACUACUGA